CGCUAUAUAGCGACGGCCGGCCGCGCCUCCACCAGUCGUCCGACAUGCCCGCUCUGCGCUCUGUACUGCUACCGGUGGCCCUGCUGCCGCUGCUCGCCCACUGCGGGCCCGUGCACGUGCGAGACACCGAUGAGAGUGUCAUGCAUCCAAAAAUCGCUUGCCAAGCCAGAUCGAAGAGAGACAUCUCGUACAACAUCAGAGAAAAAGACGCGGACUUCUGGAGGGCUCGCGCCCGCGAACGGCUGGAGACGACGCUGGACCGCGAGCCGCUGCGGCAGGUGGCUCGCAGCGCGGUGCUCUUCCUGGGCGACGGCAUGUCUGUGCCGACGCUGGCCGCCGCCAGGAUCCUGCUGGGACAGCGCUACGGCCUGCCCGGCGAGGACGCCCAGCUCAGCUUCGAGCGCUUCCCCUACGCCGGCCUCUCCAAGACGUACUGCGUGGACGCGCAGGUGGCCGACUCGGCAUGCUCCUCGACGGCGUACCUGUGCGGCGUCAAGGCGAACACCGGCACCAUGGGCGUGACGGCGGCCGUGCGCAGGGGCGACUGCCGCGCCCAGAACAAUACCGCCAAUCACGUCGACUCCAUCCUCAAGUGGGCCCAGGCGGCUGGCAAGGCGACGGGCAUCGUGACGACAUCGCGCGUGACGCACGCGUCGCCCGGCGGCGGCUACGCGCACAUCGCGGACCGCGAGUGGGAGAACGACGCCGACGUUUCGGCGGCCGGGGCGGACCCAGCCGUGUGCCCCGACAUCGCCUCACAGCUCGUCACCGCCGAACCCGGGCGUAACCUAAAGGUGAUAAUGGGAGGUGGACGCCGCGAGUUUCGACCAAAGACGUCCGACGACGAGGAGGAGGGCGGCAAAGGGAGGAGAAAGGAUGGCCGUGACCUCAUUGAAGAAUGGAAAGCCGACAAAUUGAGGCGAGGAUCGUCCAGCAAGUACGUCUGGAACAAGGAUCAACUGCUCCAAAACGACACCGUCGCCGCCGAGUACAUACUGGGACUCUUCGAGGACUCACACAUGCAGUAUCACCUUGACGCAAACCCGGAAACAGAACCAAGACUCUGGGAGAUGACAGAAGUUGCUAUUCGUGCUCUGCAGAAGGAGCCAAAUGGUUUCAUACUCUUUGUAGAAGGUGCACGCAUCGACAUGGCGCACCACAGUAACAGGGCGCAUAAGGCGCUGGACGAGACGAUCGAGUUCUCGGAGGCGAUCCGCGUGGCCGACCAGCUGACGGACGAGCGUGACACGCUGCUGGUGGUGACGGCCGACCACGCGCACACCAUGUCCUUCAACGGCUACCCGGCGCGCGGCAACGACAUCCUCGGUGAUGCUGGGACAGACGAGGAGAAACUGGCUUAUACAACACUCAGCUACGCUAAUGGACCCGGCUACCAGAAGCCUGGGAAGAAUUGCCAGCGACCAGACAUACGGGAAGACGACAAGAGUGAAAAGAACUACAGAUUUCGCGGUAUGGUUCCACUGGGAUCUGAGACGCACGGUGGGGACGACGUGGCUGUGCUGAGCCGGGGACCCUGGUCUCACCUGCUCACCGGCGUCUUCGAGCAGAACUACAUCGCACACGCCAUGGCCUACGCUACAUGCGUCGGAGACGGACUGACCGCCUGCAACGACAAACGGAGUACCUCUGGAAGACGCGGAGGUCUGACAUCUACGCCCGGCUACGACAUACCCUUCAGAGAAGAGCACAGAUAUGAAGUACCGGCCGUAUACAGCCCCAACGGAUAGGUUUAUUGCGACAGUUUCAGACAAUGAUCGAUGACAGACUGUGUAACCAAUCACAAAAGCCAGUAUUUUAUUUAUUGAAGAUGUCUUAAUUUAGAUUCAGACUGUGUAACCAAUCACAAAAUCCAGUAUUUUAUUUAUUGAAGAUGUCUUAAUUUAGAUUGGCUCUCUAGGCAUUGUAUUAAACCUACCUGCCAUGUCAUAUCCAAUGUAAUCCAUCAAUUCAUUGGAUUUUUGUCACAGAAUCAAACUCCGUUGUACCUUUGAACUUCGAACACUAAAAACUUGCUGUACCUAGCUCAAUAAGGCUAUUGAGAUAAUUACCUGUUAUUAUAAUCUACAGUUAUACAGUUUUUACUGAGUAUUUUUAAACAGUGAACAAAACAUAUUAUAGUUUUAGGACUUAAUGUACAAUGAUGUGCACAAUGUUUACCAAAGGAUACUCGUCUAGUAACGACCGGUGGAAUGCUACCCACGACUUUUAUACAAUGCGCAUUGAAUAUUGCACAAAAUAAAAUGAACGACCUUGGUGUUUCCAAACAA